GGUUUCCAGACGCUGGUCCGAGUGUGCUUUCUAAAGAGCCACCCGCUGGCGGGCACGCUCCCUGGCCGCCGCCACCCUGCAGUCCUCCCGGAGCCGCCGCCAACCACAGGACAGCCGUCGCGUUUAUUUAGCUUCCGGCUCCCGAAGGCGAGGGUUACUGGUGUGAGUUGAGGACCCGGAGGCAGGGGGACGUCACCCGGCUCUUUUGACCCCGCGGCCAUCGCUUUCCCACCACACCGCGGCCUGCAGAGGAAUUUUGAGUUGAGAGAAAGCUUACUGGGUGGAGCAAUACAGUCUGAACGUUUACAUGAGGUGGAAGCACUGUGAGGUGCAAGGUGAUAGGACUUUAUGCAAUCUAACGAAACUACUGAACAAACUUCAGAAAGAUCACAGAGAUGACAUCUAUCUCUACACCUCUGGGCACUUGAAUUCCAAUAAGCUCUACAGGCCACCUGAGACAAUCCUAUAUCACUGGCCCAAUGCCAGUAGACCAAAAGGGGAAAAAAUCUUCAAAAUAGAAAAGCCAUCUGAUAAGAAGAUUGCAAAGAUGAAAGAUGCUUUGGCUUAUUUUGCCAUCAAUACAGCUCUGAGUCCAAAAGAUGCCCAGACCACACCACUAUUCAGGUAUUUGAACCCUCUGGAGCAUAUUUCCCACACUUCAGAAAAGGACUUCUUUCCAAGGAAGGCUCUAGGAAGAGAGGCUUCUCCAGAACUGCGGAGGAGAGAAGAGCUGAGACUGCCAGAGAUGAAGGUUCUCAAGUACAGAACAGUGGAGUCCAGCCGUCAGUGUGUGAUGUCUCCCCGACCCAAGGAUGAGUACCGGUACAUCAGCUCCUACUUAGCUGGCAUAACAAAGGCAGACAAGUAUAAGAAGUUCCUGUGUUUCCAAAAAGAAGUUCUUGCAAAGCAAGAUCUCACGAAGCACGAUUUCACUGGGAUCAAGGCAGCAAUAUGCCAUGAAAAGAAGUUGGAACAGGAGCUCCAGAAAGUGUGCGUGUGUGACCCUCAGCAGUUCAACAGACUGCACGUCUUCAGAGAAGUCUUUGAAGAUAUUUGCAAUAGUUCUUUGAUAUUUGGUGAUAUCUUGAAAGAAGUUAAGGAUGAAUAUGAACUCUACAUGGCAAUACUUCUGCGGUCCCACUCCCCAUCACAGUGUAAGACUCUGCUGGCUAAUGCCAAGGGACUGGAGAAGAGAUCAGUGAAGACUGCAGAUGUCAACCAGGCCAAGGAGGAGCUGAGGGUGAUGGUGAUGGCCACCAAAGCAGCCCUGGAGCAUAAUGACAAACUCAGAAGUGAACUAGAGAUGGAAAACACAUUGCUGCAAUCUGCUAAGGAAAAGUCAGAAUUAUCUAAGAAAGAUGUAAUGAAUGAAGAUCACCUUACUCUUAUUGAGAAGGUUGAAAAGAAGAGAUGUGAAAUACUUAAUAAAUGGGAUGAAAUUCAAGCUCUUGAAAGAGAAAUUAAAACAACUUUGAUUCAUACUGGAAUUUUGCAUAUCACUGAAAAUAGGAUUAAAAGCAUAGAGACUGAAGCUAUAAAAUUGGAAACAGCAAAUAGAAUUUUAAAGAAGAAAAUGCAUGUUAUUGAAAACCAGGUGAAGCAGACCAUGGAGAAGAAUAAUAUGAGUGAGGAAGAGCAGCAAUCCACAUUCAGGUACAUUUCAGACAGUCACUACUUGCUGGAAGUAUGGAAUGGAGACAUGGCCCCAAUCCUCAAGGAGUUGAUAGCUUGUUGUACAGACUUGUGAAAAGAAUACCAACAACAAAAAAGAAAGCCUGAUAAAACUAAAGGCAUACAAGGAUGUGGGUAAGCACACUCUUACCCACUGCCAGAGCAAGUGUAAAUUGACACGAACUGUUUGGGAUGUAACUUGACAACAAGCUCACCAAAUACCUGUGCGUUCCCAGAAUCUUGCAGCCCUGCUGGCCAUGACGGCCAUGGAACUUGUUUGAGCCAGUGCGGGAUAGUUGUGAUAACACAUGACAAGAAGGGUGAACUCUGGAAAGAUCAACUUAUUUGUAAAAAGAAUUAAAAGGGAAUACAGAGAAUCAGAAAUGUGACUUCUCAGUGUGGAAAAAGCUGACUGAUUUCAGUUUACAGAUUCAAGAGAUGAGAAUAAAAUCUACAACCAGAUUAUAUGUCUGAGAGUAAAGACUACAUUACAAGUAUGGCCUUUUUACCAAAGCCCAUAGCCUCCUGUCUGAAUGGACAGUUAGGGAUGAGCCAUGAGGAGGAGGAAGGAAAGAGAUCUGAGAGCAACACUAAGCAAACCAUGGGCACAUGGAACUGAAUGGAAGCAAAUGGAUUGGAGGUGCACUGAGUUUUUGAGGGAGUUUGACUCUUACAGGCAAUCAGAAACCCAAGGUAAGUUAAGUCCAUUGCUGCUCAAAAGCUUUAACAGCCCUGAGUCCCCUGAACAUCCUGAAGAGGAACAGGAAGGAAGCUGAGGAAACCGUAUAUCCCCCAAGAGAACAUAUUCCCCAAAGCCCACUUUGGAUGUGCCCGAGGAGGACAAAGGAGGGCCAAACAAGUGACAAGGACAAUGAACGAGAGCUCCGUCCCAGUGCAGUCAGACUUCACCCUGCUCCUUGGUAGGGGACCCUUACAAGGUCUUCUCUGUAGGACUUCAGAAAUGCUACAGACCAUGGACUGCUGUGUGUGUGUCCUCACCCUUUUAUGCAUAUCUAUUUGUAAAUUUAUUGCAAUUAUCCUGAUUCACAACAGAUGGAGAAAGCACUGUGUAUCCUUUAGGGAUCUUGGACUUUGAGCUGGAUGUAGUGACUGGGUGGGAUUUGUCUCCCUUGGAGAGGAUGGCACUGUGUUUUAUGCAAAGAAAUAAGUAAGCGAAGAGAUUUGUUAAUCAGAAUGUGGACCGUGAAAGAGAUAUUUCUACUGUAGAAGUUGUAAAGACUUGUAUUCCUUCCAGGUAGUGAGGCUACUGGGACCCUGGAUCUUCUGUGUACCUAGUUCUUAAGCAGAGCCCACCAUUUUGGAUAUAGAACAUGAGUAAGACAUAAACUUUGUCAGAUCAGGCCAGUGGAUAUUAGGGUUAACUUGUUAUUGCACCAUUACCUAGUCUAUAUUGAUUUACCCUGUUUACCCUAAAGAAACUCAUGUACAUGUACCUAAGGAGAUUUCUCUUUCUCAUUUUCUCUUGUUCUCUAUCUUGUCCUGUCUAUCUGUCUUUUAUCUAUCUAUCUAUCUAUCCAUCUAUCUAUCUAAAUAUUUAAUCUAUUGAUGUUCACCAAUUAACUCUGAUAUUAGAAAAUAGAAAAAGCGUCAUGGUUUCUGAGUAGGGUAGUAAUGGUCCUGGUUGUCAUCUUUAAAUGGAACACUAUAAAGCAGAUAAAAGAAAUAGACCUAAAUACAUCAACAUGAGUAAAUAUCAAAAACAAUGUUGGGUGAAAAAAGUAAGUUUCAGUAGAGUACAUACAUGGUAGUAUUAAUAUAAAUAAAAGAGGAGGGGGAAAAGAGAACGCUCAAGGUGGCUUUAAUAUUUUAGUAGUAUGUAUAGUGUUUUAUUUCUUUGAAAAAAUAUGAAGCAAAUAUUCUGAAAUCUUAAUGUAUGUUUAAUAUAGAUAGUGGAUUCGUAAGUAUUAGUUAUAUUAUUUUCUAUAAAUUUCUAUAAGUAUUAUGCUAACACUUGUUAAACACUUAUCAUAUACUAGACACUAUUCUAUACAUUUAACCUAUAUUCAUUUAGUUCCCAUGUGAUCCUAUAUGGUAGGUUACAGUUAUUAUUUUAUAGAG